AUGGAAGCAAUCAGUAUGUUCAUAUUGGCAGUUUUGAUGCUGGAGCUCCAAAGGAUCCCUGUCUCAGUUUGCAGUGAUCCAUGCUCCAAAGGCUACAGAAGAGCUGCAAUUCAGGGGCAGAAGAUCUGCUGCUUUGAUUGCCUGCCAUGUUCUGAAGGAGAGAUUCUCAACCCAAAAGAUGACACUGAAUGUCUCAAGUGCCCAGCAGACAAAUGGCCUGAUAGCAGAAAAGAAGAGUGUCUUCCAAAGCUCAUUCAGUUCCUUUCUUAUGAAGAGACACUGGGCUCCGCUUUAGCUUGUAUUUCAGUCUUGUUUUGUCUCCUCACAUUUUCAGUGUUCUGCCUGUUUAUAAUCAAAAGAAAUACCCCCAUAGUGAAGGCAAAUAACAGAGAUCUCAGUUACCUACUUCUCAUCUCCCUCAUGUUUGGCUUCAUGUGUUCCUUGGCAUUCAUUGGCAGACCCAACCGGAUAAUGUGCAUGAUACGCCAGGUCAUGUUUGCUGUCAUUUUUUCACUUUGCGUUUCUACCAUACUAGCAAAGACUAUCACUGUCAUAAUGAUAUUUAGUGCUACAAAUCCAAACAGUAAACUCAAGACAUUGGUAGGAUUCAGAAUUCCUAUCUAUAUUGUCCCUGUAUGCGCAAUGGUCCAGAUAAUUCUGUGCAUUGUUUGGUUGGCUCAAGCAGCUCCAUUUGCAGAGUCCAAUAUGGCAGCAGAAAUAGGAAUAAUAGUGAUUGAGUGCAAUGAGGGGUCCAGGGUGUUAUUUGCUUGUGUCUUGGGGUACAUGGGUCUCUUAGCUUCCAUUAGUUUAUUUGUUGCCUUUCUGGCUAGGAAGCUCCCUGACACAUUUAAUGAGACCAAGUUCAUUACAUUCAGUAUGUUGGUAUUUGCCAGUGUUUGGGUGACAUUUAUACCUGCUUAUCUCAGUACCAUGGGGAAACAGACAGUGGCAGUAGAAAUCUUUGCCAUUCUCUCUUCAAGUGCCGGGCUUCUUGUUUGCAUUUUUUUCCCAAAAUGCUAUAUAAUAUUACUGCACCCAGAAAUGAACAGUAGAGAAUAUAUUACAAGGAGAAAUGGUAAGAAUCAGGAGAUAUGAU